CGGCCGGGAAUCGAACCCAGGACCUUCUUGCUGCAAGGCAACAGUGCUACCAACUGCGCCACUGUGCAGCCCCUAAUAGCUAAAACAAUGUUGCUUUAAUUACGCUAUGACAAGUUUGUUUUUGAAUGCUUUCUUUAUUGACCCUUUCACAAUUACGUCAUUUAAUCAUUCCCGGCGCCAUGGUGGAUGUGAGUAUUGAACUGAGCGAAUGAAGUUGUUUUCGCCAGUUUACUCAUGGCUUUUACGUGUUCUAAUUAGUCUGUGAACGUAACCUGGUUCGCCAUAAUGCAAUAUUUGGUAUCUUUCUAAUCACACUUACUUAUGAACGUUAAUCUUCUUACUUUGUAAAAAAGUGUUCGCUGCAAAUCCGCGGUGACACCGAGGGCUGGCGGUCAUGAUAGACGGCUGCUAUCCAUCCCAAAGGCUAUACAACAAAAUAACAAGUUAGGUUUUCAGCCCCGUCUGUAUGUGCAUUAAACCGCACCGCCAUUUUUACUGCGAAAUCAACCAAAUAGUCGCAAUAUUAGGCUACCUACCUUAUGUGGAAUUUACAGGAGCUCACAGGUUGUUUUGACAGCCGCCAUGGCGGAGAGAGUGACGUCACGUGCAAAAGGUCAAUUCUAGUUUGUUUGUUUGUUUUUUUAAAUUAUUUAUUUAUUUACAAAAAUUGCUCACUUCACGAUCUCUGGUAACGGUUAUAUCAACGGCAGACUUAAUUCCACUCGACCGUUAUACAUUUCGAAUGCUGCGUUUGUCCCUGAAUGCAAUUUAUGUUAGCGUUUAAAAAUAAGACGGUUAAACCACAAGUUAUGAAAGACAACCACAGUUGAACAGGUAACCGCAAAUUAAUUCAGCAAGUUACAAAAACCUUUCUAGCAGUGUGUCCUUUGUUGACUCGUGAAGGGAGUGAUUUUUCUCUUGACUUCUUUCUUUCUUUUUUUUUUAAGGCAGACCAAUUACACGCCAUGGCUUCGCUCCGGAGGAGGUAAAAGAAACACUGUGAUCCUUCCCAGGUUGGGUGGACUGAGAGCUGAAGCCUGCCCCACCUCCUCACCUCGGGGCUAACGCUCACACUUGGAAGAGAGAAAGUCUUUGAAAGCGGAGCAGAGGGAACGUGGACCCACUCCGUCGACCAGAACUACGGGCUUCAUGGAGGGAAGAUGAUACACCAGACUGGGCCCACCGUCAACUGCUGGCCAACCUCCAGGAUGUUCGUGAACUUGAGGCGCAUCCGAAAAUGCCAGUUGGUGCAGCUGAUGACAAGCUGCCUGCUGCUGUCGGUGGUAAUGAUCUGCUGGGAGCAGCUGGACUCAGCCGUCGUCAGCCACGUCAAGUCCUACUCCUUCCGCUACCUCAUCAACAGCUUCUACUACGUCAAUAGGAGCCUCACUAUUCCUCGCGAGCAGGCCAGAAGCUUCAGUGACUUCCCCUACGUGUUGGACCACCCCGACAAGUGCGCAGACAAGGACGUCCUCCUCCUCGUCUUCGUAAAAUCCUUCCCGGAGAACUUUGAGCGUCGAAACGCCAUCCGAACCACCUGGGGCAACGAGGGGUACAUCCAAAAUACCCUGGGCGUGACGGUCAAGGUCCUGUUCGCCUUGGGAACCGUUAGGAGGAAAAAGACCGAGCCUUUGUGGAGCAAUAAGAGCGACAGUGGCUUCCGGAGGAAGCUUGUCCACGAGGAUGCCGUCUAUGGCGACUUGAUCCAGAAGAACUUCAAGGACUCCUUCCACAACCUGACCCUCAAACUCAUCAUGCAGUACCACUGGAUGCACAGCCGCUGCGCCCACGCCCGCUUCUUCAUGACCACGGACGACGACGUCUUUGUCCACAUGCCCAACCUGGUGAGGUACCUGCAGGAGCUGAGCAGCCAGGGGGUCACCGACUUCUGGACGGGGAGAGUGCACAUCGGAGCACCUCCCAUCCGCAGAAAAGACAGCAAGUACUACGUUCCCUAUGAGAUGUACCAAUGGUCGACUUACCCCGACUACACGGCCGGGGCCGGCUACGUCGUCUCUGGCGACGUGGCCCAUAAAAUCUACCACGCCACGCUGACCCUGAACGCCUCCCUCUACAUAGACGACGUGUUCAUGGGCAUCUGCGCCAACGCCGUCAACGUGUCGCCACAGCAGCACGUUUAUUUCGCGGGAGAGGGCAAGGCACCGUACCACCCGUGUAUCUACAGCCAGAUGAUGACCUCUCACGGCCACGUGAAGGACAUUUAUGAACUGUGGCGGGAGGCGACGCACCCAAAGGUCCAGCAGAGCACCUCAGGACUGUUCGGGAAGCUGUACUGCACUGUAGUGAGAAUGUAUCUCCUCUGUAAACCCCGGUUUGUCGACACCUAUCCUUGCAAAGCAGCAUUUUUAUAGUAGGCGAGGAGGCGAGAGCCCACUAUAACACCGAUGGGUUCAUUUCUAGAUGUAUUACCUCAGGCCUUUCCCUAGGACCUCUGCCCACACAGUGGUUUACUGCCGCAGAAGAAGCCAGAAAAAACAGGUUGUGUUAUCGCUGCUGGAGUGAGACCUCCAUCUUGUCUAUGAAUUUUUGUCGUGGUCAUUUUUAAAGUGCAGGCGUUGUGGGAAGACCACAGAAUGUGAAAUUAAAGUUCUGCAAAGAUG